AUGGAUACCGAUUGCAGGGUUGGAAAACCCAUGGUGAGAGUGAAUGAGGCAGACAAGAUUGAGGUUCCAGAGAAAAAGGGAAUCAAAAUCAAGUCGGCAAAGCCUAAAUGGACAAUGAAAGGAGGUGAUCCGAAAAAUACACUGGAAGCUCAAAUAGUUAGUUUGAAUCCCUUGGUGGUCAAAGGGGUGGAAAAGGAAGCAACGGUAGUGACAGAGAAAAUGAGAAACAACCCUGUGAUGAAAACCCUAGAAGCGCGGCCUGCGGACGAAACCCUAGCUGCGGCUGAAACCCUAGGCGCGCAAGGUGAGGUGCGGCAGCUUGAAUCUUCUUCCGGUUUGACUGCGAUGGAAAAAGAAACAAUCCUGGUGGAUUUGCAGCCAUCCCCGGUUAGAAUUGAAGCCGUCUGCAUUGAUGCGCCAUCUCUUGUUCAAUCGGGAAAUCGAUUUGCGAUUCUCCAUGCUGUGGAGGAUGAUGAGGCCAAAGGGGAGAUGGCAAAUGUUCAUUCUAAAGUUCAUACGCAAAGUCAGGAAGAACAAGACAAUAUUGGUGCUACUUCGGUUGAUGGUAAUUUGGAUUUAGCCAACAAUAGAGCCUUCCUUGAAGUUGAGCUGUGGAAUAUGUCUCUGGUCCCGCAACAAGACUCCAUUCGAUCUAAUGACAAUACAUCCGCGAAUGUAAUCCCUAAUACUGAGGGGAUUCAUGACGAGAGAGAGCUAUGGUCUGAUGGAGAGAUUCAUGAUGAUCACAUUGUUGAAAAUGAACAAGGCGAGCGCAUUGUCACCAAGAAGCGGGGGCGUAAGUCGAAGGAAGAACGUGCAAAACAAUCGGAGGGUGUUGAACUAAGGCGCUCCCUUCGUCUUCAGUAG